AUGGUGAACUGCUUUCGAGUUAUCUGUUGCAGAAGUGAAGGUUACGAGCCAUCAGUGGAGAUACUAAGUGGAGUAGCGCCCAAGACAGAACGACCAUUUGCAGCAAAGGUUGAACCAGAACGUGUUGAGGUCGUCCCAGUAACGGACCCAGUACAGUUGGGCGAGAGUCCCCACUGGGACAGCGACGAGGAGGCCCUCUACUUCGUCAGCAUCUUGGACAAGGCUAUACACAGAUAUAAACCUUCCACCGGAGAGCACACUAAAGCCACACUCGAGAAACCGCCCACGUUCAUUAUACCGGUCGAGGGUAAGAGCCGACACUUCGCGGUCUCGCAGGGCCGGAAGGCGGUGGAGGUGAUGUGGGAUGGUGGGGAGGAGGACGCGCUGGUGCUGCGUACUUUAGCCGAGGUGGACCACCACCGCCCCGAAAACAGCCUGAACGGCGGAAAAGCGGAUCCCAGGGGCAGAUUGUUUGCAGGUUCUGUCUUCGGUAUGAAGACCUCAGUACCAGUCGAUUUCCACGCGGGCUGCGGCUCUCUGUACCGCAUUGACCCCGACAGCCAGGCCUACAGGCUGGAUGACGAGGUCAGCUUGCCCAACGGCCUGUGUUGGGACGUCGAGAGGAACUUCUUCUACUUCACCGAUUCCUUGGAGUACGCCAUAAGGAGAUACGACUAUGAUGUAGAGACCGGCAACUUGUCAAACUGCGAGACAGUAUUCCGUAUGAAAGACCACAACUUGGAAGGUAUCUGUGACGGGAUAACCAUAGACACGGAUGGCAACAUUUGGGCAGCGAUCUUCGAAGGUGAACAGAUUCUCAAAAUCGAUCCGCGGAGUGGGCAGAUCCUUCAAGAGGUGCGGCUGCCUGUGCCCCAGCUCACCUCGUUGACCUUCGGGGGCCCAAAUUCGGACAUCCUGUACGUCACCAGCGCGAACACGCAUAAGAAAAACGACAACACCCUGUGGGGAUGCACCUUCAAGGUCACGGGACUCGGCGUCAGAGGUUACCCGAACCUCAAAGUUCGAUUCGAU